CUACUUCUAUCUGUCCCAGGAACUCAAAACAGCUGUGUGUCAGAACAAGAUCUACGUUUACGACCAGAUGUUUACUUUAAGGACGUACAUUGGCUUGGGUGAAGGUGCCAUCACUCCACUCUUUGACAUCAUCUACAUAAUCGCACUUAUAAAGCAUAGCCAUGGCUCACCUGGUUCUGGCUCCUGAAGUCCUUCGGUGUGAUGGGCAUCAACGUCUUCUAUAUCAGCUCCUGGUUGGUCCGACGAAAGAGCUUCGCCCACAUCUCUUUUGAUGAAGAUUCUAAGCACUACGAGCAACUGUUCCGUUUGACUGGCAUUGGUCUCACUCUGGCUCAGCUCGCCAUCACCGUCAUCUUCUGCAUCAUUGCCGGCAUCUUCACAUAUAAGGUGGCUGAAGAGAGAACCCGCAGCAGGAAAAGCUUACACCACGGCGCCAAGUUCCGGUCGAAGAAACACCACUCGUCGUCAGCACCGCCUCUUGACUCCUACGAUGCUGACGAUAGCGCCUCCAUCGUCCGGGUCACCAUGGACGAGCAGUUUAUGAACCAGGGUCUCCAUGAUAGCACUAACAAACUGCCAAUUUCUGGUUCAAACGGCAGUAUUGAUCAAGUUGGGAAUUCAGAUACAAUCAGACAGCCUACUAGUGUCUAAAUGUCUUUCUUAAGGUGUCUGAGUGUCUGUGUCUAGCCUGUGUAGUAUCUAAAAGUGAAUCUGGAUAUUAUUGCCUCUAUGUCUCAGUGCUGGAUUAGACAAGGAGGCUAGAAAUGUCUUAUGUAUGUCUAAAGAUAAGCUUCCAAUGUCUAAAUAUGUCUGAGAACGCAAUGUUAAGACAAGUUAUCAGCAUUCAAGAUUGUCUAUGAAGUUAAUUUGUUCCAUUCAUCAUUAUUAUCAUUACCAGUUAUCUUGAGGAAGGAUAUCAACCUCCUCCUCCUCCUCCUUCAGUUAGGAUAUCAAGUAUCCUAUCUAAAACUCCUCCUCUCUAUCCUGAAACAUUUAUAUCAUGGCAGGAUAUAGGGAGCUCCUGCCCUCACCUCAUCCUUUAGUAACUAGGAUACUCAUCACUCCUAUAACAGCCUACUCUUCGUUGUUGUGAAUCUCCCUAAAGUGACUUGGAUGUUGUGGAGCGAGACAAUGGGGGAGAGAGAGUGAGGGAGAGAAAGAAAGAGAAGAUAAAGAAGGAGAGAGAGAGGGAAGUGGGGAAGAGACAAAGAGAGAGAGAGACAAAAUAUUCUAAGUUGGGUACAUGUGCCAAAGUGCUGAAACCCUGGCCGGAGUGAGCCCAAGUUGGUCAUGUUAAAUAACUAUUACAUUCAUGUUAGAAAUAUAAUUAACUCAUUAUAGUUAAAAUUAUAGUCUUAGUGGUAAUUUUAACUCCAUGUUGGCUAUCAUCUGAACACGUUAGCUAAUCAGAGAAGUCCUUAUAUCUCUUCUACAUAAAGGGGAUAUAAGAAUUCCAUCUCUCCUCUUAACCCUUACCCGCCGCCUCGUGUUGUGUCGGAGUAGUCAAGACAAUCUAUGAGGUGCUACUAUGUAUAUAUUAUUAUAGGUGUAUAUAAUUAUAAACUAUAUGUAUAUUUUUGGAGAACAACACUACACUAUAACCCGGACAGAAAAGCAACAGUGAGAAUCCGGAUUGAAAGAACACGUGAGGAUAAUCCGGAUGUGUUUACUCGAACGAUUUAUUUACAUUUUCAUCAGAAUACUUUUCAUUUUUUUUUUUGCCUACUUUAAGGUAUUAUAUAUUGUCCUUAUAUAUGUCCAGCUCUUCCCUGUAUAAAAAUGUUGGAUACUAUAUAUAUAGGCGACAUUUUAUAAGCUGUUGUGGAGCUGCAGAAGAGAAUUUGUAUUUUGUUGACGUAUAAACGAACCUCUUUUUUUAAAUAAUGUAUUUUUUAAUAAACAAAUUAUGUAUA